AUGGACCCAAUGACACCCAAAACGAGAUCUGUACGAACCGACAGCUUGAUGAACUCAUCGCCGAUUCCAACGGUCCAUAAAACUCUCACCCUACCUGACCUCUGCGAUGACGUCUUACUACUUAUAUGCAAUCUCCUCAAACACCACCACCACCAACAAACCCCUUGGAAACAUCUUUCACUCACCAACCGCCGUCUCUACCAUCUCUUGACCCCUCAAAUUUUCAACACUAUACGCAUCACCGCCCCACUCAAAGCACUUGAUCCAAACACUUUGACACCUCAUCUACACCAUCACGUCCGAACACUCAAAAUCGACAUGUUCGGCAGUCUGUGGUGGUGGUGUUCGGGCGCCUACGUAUCAAGCAGUGAUGCAAUCGAUUUGUUUACUUUUGUGCGAAGCUUGCUGCGGUUAGAGAGAUUGGAGGUGAGGAUGAUGAGCCGGAGUUUGGACAUUUUUUCGACUGCAUUCACCGAAUGUUCUUCGUCUUUGAGUCCUGAGUUGUUUGAGCUAAGGGGAGUGAAGACGUUGACUGUGAAUAGCAGUGCUGCGUUUCUGGUAACUCAUUGUCCCGAUCUAGAGACCCUGGUGCUAAGGGGGAAGGGGGAUGGGGAGGACUGUGCAAUGGAAAAGUACACCGACCUGGAGAGUUUGCUCGAGACCAUGCCGCCCCUAAGUUUGCGAAAAGACCAAGGCUCGCUUUUCAAGUGUGCAGAGGGACUGAGAAGUUUCGAUGGAAGCGCGAGCUGGUCUCUUCCCGAACUCACCUUCCUCACCACCACUUUCCCGCAUCUCCAUCAUCUUGUGUUACGCAGUGAAUCGUACUGUUACCGAGCUGACGUCGCAUCCAUGAUGCGUGUACUGGGACCAUGCUUGAAACAACUCAAGACGCUGCAGAUCAGCAAGAUCGAGUAUCUAGACAUGGGAUAUCGCGGGCUUUGGAAACGAGCUGUCAUGGAGUGUAAGACUGAAAAAGCAAGGCGGGCGCUGUGGGAAGAUAACGAAAAAAGGAGAGUAGUGGCUGAGAACGAGGUUGCGCGGUUGGCCUUUGGUAGUCUUGGUGCAUUAGAAGAGCUGUGGGUGGGUGAGCAAAGGGUUGCGAGACGGUCACAACAAACGAGUAAAGGGGUUCGACAAAUCUGGAUAUGGGACCGCAAGGCGGAUACAGUUGGAGAUUAUGCAGUUGUUGGGACAAUGUGGGCGAAGUAUCAGAAAGAGAGGGAAGAUGUGAUAGAAAGGAGCGAGCUGGGGAUGUGA